GGCAUAUCAGGCUAAUCCGCUUUCACCUAGUCAUUAUUUUUUUGUAGCAGGUAAUUUUGUGCAGUUUACUAUCAGCAAGUUAGGGGUGCAGGUGAAAUUACCAACGUAUGGGUAUAAACUGGAAAAUAUAUAUUGGUAAGGUACUCUAAGAAGGGAGAUGCCAUAUGAUGAUCACUGGACGGAGCCAGAUAUGGCGCCGUCGAAGUGGGACGACAUUCUGGAUACGAGCAGGCCUAGUUUCGUUCAUAGUCAUCUUCAUAUGGGUGCAAAUCGGUUUCGUCGACUUUGGGGGACCAAUUCCUCCCUACUCCGACAUCAACGACUCCCAAGCUGCCAUACUUAGUAUGGUGCCGGUAGUUUUGCACAAAUUCUUAGCACCUAAGCCUAAAAAUGGUACAAACUUAAGUCUUAACGGCAGUUACAGUAACUUAGGAUAUUCUAAAGCAGCUUUUAACAUUUCGGAUAUCAAACGAAAUAUAGCCCAAUACAAUCUACAGCAAACGGUUUACAACGAGGACCUUUUUGGUCCGCUUCAAAGUGAUUCUAUUGUUAUUGUUAUACAAAUUCACGAUAGAAUCACGUAUCUCCGACAUUUAAUAAUUAGUUUAGCCCAAGCGCGUGACAUACGUGAAGCCCUUCUUGUAUUUUCCCAUGAUUACUAUGAUGAAGAGAUCAAUAGUCUGGUGCAAAGCGUCGAUUUCUGUAAAGUAAUACAGAUAUUUUAUCCAUAUUCCAUUCAAACGCAUCCCAAUGAGUUUCCAGGAGAAGACCCAGGAGACUGCCAGCGAGAUAUCAAAAAAGACAAGGCACUACAACUGAAAUGCAACAACGCUCUAUACCCCGACUUGUAUGGCCAUUACCGGGAAGCAAAGUUUACACAAACCAAACAUCACUGGUGGUGGAAAGUGAACAGGGUAUUCAAUCAACUAGAAGUUACUAGAAACCAUUCCGGUCUUGUACUAUUUCUUGAAGAGGAUCACUAUGUUGCGGAAGAUUUUAUACAGAUUUUGAGGCUAAUGGAAAAAACAUGUAAAGAAGCUUGUAGGCAAUGUAAUAUUUUAUCCCUGGGGACCUAUUUAAAAACAUAUAACUACUACGGGGAUUCAAAAAAGAAAGAGGCUUUACACGCGAAACAGCAGUCCAAUAAAAAAAAUGCUGAGGUUCAGCCAUCGUGGACAUUUCAAGUGUUACCCUCAUUGUAUCAGCAUUCGCAAAAGGUUGAAAUAACGCCUUGGAUAAGCAGUAAACACAACAUGGGCAUGGCUUUCAAUCGAACAACUUGGAACGAAAUCGUAAGAUGUGCCCCAUUUUUUUGUAAAUACGACGACUACAAUUGGGAUUGGUCAUUGCAGCAUAUUUCCCAAAAUUGCUUGAAACAUAAACUGCAUGCUAUGGUAGCAAGGGGUCCCAGGGUGUUUCAUAUUGGAGAAUGUGGUGUUCAUCAUAAGAAAAACAACUGUGGUUCAGCGGCAGUGAUUUCGAAAGUCCAGCAAGUCCUCAAGUCGGCUAAAAAACACUUGUUUCCAGAUUAUCUGAUAUUAACUUACGCAACGGUCUUGAAGAAAAACAAGUUACGAAAAGGCAAUGGUGGAUGGGGCGACCAUAGAGACCAUAAAUUGUGUAUGAGUAUGACUAUCCGAUAAAUUUCACCGCUCAGUAACACUUGAGGUUGUAAUUUUUAUGACAUUAUAUUAAGUGUAUAAUAUGGACAAAUAAUAAUGUGUUUUAAAGGUACAAUUUUAUAGUUCAGAAUGUGUAUUGUGCUCAAAUUAUAAAAUUGUCCUUGAAUAAGUUUAUGCCAAAAAUGAGAUAUUUUUUUGAAAAAAAAUAUUAUUCUGGGCACAAAAGAAAACAAUAUUAUUGGUAAGCAGGGUAUAACUUUUAAUUGUCAAUAUUCCGUUAUUAUUUGUUCAUGAAUAAUAAGUGUUGGUUUGGUUACCUAUUGAUGAACUUCCACCAUCACUAUCCCGUGAUAUUUUGUAACGAUAUAAAAACUUUUUAAUGUAGUUUUUAAUAAGUAUUUAUAAGUUAAAAUGUACUGGAGUAUUUUAUGAUUAAGUACAUUUAUCGAGUAAUUUAGGUAAUGAAUGUGUGGCCAUUCAAAAAAUUUUAAACAGAUUCCACAAAAUUAAAUUGCGUUCAAUGCUCAACAUUUUCACUGAUCUUUGUACGCAAAAUUUUUUUACACCAGAAUAAUCCUGCCAGUUCAAUGAGGAGGCUUAGAUAGUUUUAGCAAAAAUUGAUUUCCAUCUCAAGUUCCAAUCAAACAAAAGGCUUUCGCGGUGGAAUAAUUUUCUCUUGAAUUGAAAAAUUGAAUUUUGUAGAAAAUUGAAAUCAUGUUGUUUACACCUUGAAUAAGUGAAAAUACAUAAUUGGUUUUUGACAGGAAAUAAUAAUAAUUUGACCAAAUUAAACUCUGACAGAUGGCAAGAAAUUAAUACAUUAUUUAAAUAGAAUGGGUAAAGCUGUGAAUGUAACCUAACUAAAACCAAAAUGUUUGUUAGCACAAAAAAAUCGUGAAAAAGACUUUUUUGACAGUCCCGUCACUGCACAGAUGCUUUAAAUUUUCUAUAUGCUUUUUAAAAUUUUUAUAAUAGGUAGGAACAUAAAUAAAAAUCUAGUCAACAAUUUCUAGAAACCAUAUACUUGACCUCUGUGUUGAAAACACUCUAUAAACUUGACUAUUGGUUAGUAAAUAUUGAAACAAGAUUAGGCCUAAUGUAGUGGAAAUUUUUUUCUAGUCUGCUGUUAUUUUUUCUUUGUUAUGUAACUACAUAAUGUAAUCUAAUUUCUUUGUUAAAUGUGAUAUAGUUUUGUUAGGUUUUAUGUUUUAUAUAAGGGUGUUUUAUACAUACAUAUCUAUUAUUUAUUGCAUAGUUUAUUGAUUUAGAAGAGGGAACUGAUUUUCCAGUAUGAUAAAUUUAAGAAAGUGAUACCUAAGUCAGAGCUAGGCAAUAGGUAUAAAGUUGUAGGUACCUCAUUUUGAUUUUUUUUUCGUGGAAGUAGAAAAAAUGCCAUAAAAAAAAAAACAUUGCAUCGUUUUUUGUUGUGAUGUUUGGUAUACUUAAUUAUUGUGUAUUAUUUUAUUUUACAAAAUUAUCAGUGAUUCCUAAUUUCUAUUUUUAUAUUAAAACGUUUCUGAUGAAAUAGUGUAGUUCUUAUUCUUGUCCAUGUAAUAGGUAUACUUUUUUAAACAUUUUAUUUUUAUUUUUUAUUUAAAUAUUUCUAUGAAAAACUUACUAAACUACCCAGUGUAUCUAACAAAGGAGGCCAUAUUAUAUUUAUUUUGUACUUCGCCAUAAAAACAGAAUAUUUUCAAAUUGGUUAGUUUGAGCACCCUUCAAACUAAAUUACAAAAUAUACAUAAUUUAUUUGUGCUUUAUAUAAUAAUUAUUUUAUUUGUUGUGUUUGUAUUUAUAA